ACAAAGAAACAAAGAAGUUAUUAUCAAAGAUAUUGCCUUCUCAGCCAGCAUCCUUCGUCAACAAAUCACGACCUCAUCACAAUGUCGCUUACCAAGAGCUAUUACACACUGGGCGUGGCCUUAUUUGCAGCUACUGGGACGUUUCUCUUUGGAUUCGACACAGGCAUUGCGACCACCACGAUCGCCCACGAAAGCUGGAAAGACUACAUGGACCAUCCAAACAACGCCCUCACGGGAGCAGUCGUAGGAGUCUACAUCUCGGGCGAGGCGGUGGGUUCGCUGCUGCAGAUGGCUCUGGGCGACCGACUCGGACGCCUCCAUUUCAUGUCGCUGAUGUGUGUCAUUGUAACCAUCGGAACCGUCAUCCAAACUGCGUCCGUCAGCAUAGCCAUGUUCCUUGCCGGGCGAGCCGUCGCCGGCAUUGCAGUCGGUGGCAUGGUUUCAACGGUCCCGAUAUACCUCUCCGAGAUCUCCCCACCUCACCAUCGCGGCCUCAUCGGUGGUAUUGCAGGCUGCGGUAUCUCGGCAGGGACGAUGGCGUCGAACUGGGUGGGGUUCGCUGGCUCUUAUCUCCCCUAUGGCGAGUUGCAGUGGCGGUUGCCGUUGGUGAUCCAGACCCCUUGGGGUCUGAUCAUGAUGUGCGGCUUACACACCUUCAUGCCCAAGUCGCCAAGGGAGCUAAUCCGCAAGGGCAGAGUCAACGAAGCGAGGGCUGAGUUUGGGAAGAUCAGGCGGGACCUUGACGGCGAGGAGCUUGUGGAAGAGUUUGCACUCAUGAGGGGGCAGAUCGAGUUUGAGAUGGAGAGGGAGAUCACGAACUAUGCGGAGAUCUUUCGCAUGUUCAGACAUCGUGCGCUUGUGUCUAUUGCGGUACAAACAAUGACGAGCCUGACGGGAGUCAAUGUCAUUCAGUACUUCCAAACCAUACAAUACCGUUCAUUGGGGAUGGGCCAACAGACGAUUCUCCUCUUGGCUGCCAUAUACGGGUCAUGCGCUUUCAUCUCAAAUUGUAUCACAACCAAAUAUCUGACAGACGCGUGGGGUCGUCGCAAAAUGAUUCUCUGGGGUCUCUUUGGCGUCAUGAUCAUCGAGAUCUAUGCUGCCAUCAUGCAGCGGCAGUUUCAGAAUACCGAUAACAAGGUCGGCAAGGGCUUUGCGAUACUUGGAAUCUAUCUAUUUGUCGUGGUCUUCUACGGCAUGCUCAAUAGUACAACAUGGCUCUAUGGUGCAGAAGUGCUGCCAAUGGUCCUGAGAAGCAAGGUGAUGGGCUUGGCCGCCUUCUCUCACUUUGCGGUCAACGUUUCUGUUACGCAAGCUGGCCCAACCGCGUUUGCAAACAUAGGUGAGAACUACUACUACGUGUUCGUUGGAUGCAAUCUCUUCUUCCUGAUUGUCGGAUACUUCUACUUCCCUGAGACGAAACAAAAGUCACUAGAGGAGAUUGCGACAGCUUUCGGGGAUAAGGUCAUCGAUUUGGCCGAGGUUGGUGUACUAGAGCAGGAAAAGAGCACUUUUGGUCAGGAUCAUGCGCUGAAAGGAUCAACAACCGCACCAAGGAUCGAUACGCCCGCCAUGAUCUCCCCGCAAGUGCUCGCCACCCUCCUCGGCCUAGCUGCCACCGCACAAGCAUGGUUGCCCACGGAUCCGUCUCGCGCGCCACUCAUUGCCCGCGACGGCACAACCCUCUUCAACAACAUCACCGAGGGCACAGCCGACAACGCCAGACGGCACCCCCGGCGCUGGCUCCCCGGCGGUAGCGACAAGAUCCGCGGUGUCAACCUCGGGUCGCUGUUCGUCGCCGAGCCGUGGAUGAUGGCCGACACGUGGCAGGGCAAGCUAGGAUGCCCCAAGGACUCUUCCGAGUUCGACUGCGUGCUGCAAAGGGGUCAGGCCGUGGCGGAUGAAAAGUUUCAGCAGCACUGGCGGGACUGGAUCACGCCGUCCGACUUUGACGAGAUGAUCUCGUACGGGAUCAACACGGUCCGCAUACCGGUCGGCUACUGGAUCAUGGAAAGCAUCGUGUACAAGGACUCGGAGUACUUUCCCAGGGGAGGGCUGGAACACUUGAAGCGCAUCUGUGGAUAUGCUAGCGACCGGGGGAUGUACAUCAUCAUUGACAUGCACGGCGCACCGGGAGCACAAAAGCCAAAAGAUGCCUUUACAGGUCAGCUUGCGGAAACGGCAGGCUUCUAUCAGGAUUACCAGUUCAAGCGCGGCAUUGAUUUUCUGGCUUGGUUGCGCGAGACAAUAUACAGGAGUAGCGAAUUCAGGAACGUCGGUAUGAUAGAGGUCGUCAACGAACCAUUGCGACAGUGGGAGGACGGGGGAAAGACGGAUUACAUGCGAAGGGAAUUUUACCCAAAGGCAUACCAGGCAAUCCGCAACAAAGAAUCCAGCCUCGGAAUCACCCGCAACAACUACCUCCACAUCCAAUUCAUGAACAAGCUCUGGGACAGCGGCGACCCGCAGCAGUACCUGACCGACAACUACUUUGCCGCCUACGACGACCACCGCUACCUCAAGUACGCGCUCGGCGCCGGCCAACAGAACCACGACUCGUACCUGCGGACGAGUUGCAGCGACGACCGGAGCGGCGACGCAGCGCACGGCUGGGACUGGCCCGUCGUGGUGGGCGAGUGGUCGCUCUCGGCGCCCUUCAUCAGUGGCCAGGAUAACUACGCGCUCGAGUGGAGCGACGACUGGCACCCGGCCAAGCAAAAGGACUUUUAUUCGAGGUGGUUUCGCGCCCAGGUGUUGAGCUACGAGAAGCACACGAUGGGAUGGGUGUUUUGGAGCUGGAAGACAGAGCUGCAGAACGGCGGCGUCAAGGACUACCGGUGGGGUUACAGGGAUGCCGUCGCUGCUGGUGUUAUCCCGAGGGACUUGAAUAGUAUUGCAAACUCGGGGGCGUGCAACGGGUUUUGAGCGCUCUUUGUUAGAAAACGAGACAUGGUUUUAGACUUAGUGCUUAAUCAGGAUCCAUGGCCCUCGGGUUUCUUUCUUGGACGUACAAGACAUGUGAAAAGUCGGAUUUGAAAAACGAGUACAAGUUUCCAUUCGAGAUACAUUAAAAAGAGAGGUAUUGUUCUUUCUCACGGAGAAUUGUGAGGAGAGUAGGAGACAAGAAGUUUCGUUUAGUUCAUUCCUCCAUCUGCUCCAACCUAGCCUGGCAGUCAAGACUCAAGAGGCUACCAGCGUGAAAGAAAUUACAACAUGUGGCUCAUGAGUAGAUAUGUUACAUGAAGGUAUACAAUUGACGUUUCCAGUCCUUGUAAUGGCUCCGACUCUGAAAAGAAACCAGUAAAGCUAUGGCACCUUCAAAGGUUCUCGAUGAAUCUGGACCGUCUGGCAGCAUUUACAGCUCGUGAACCAUUCAGAACACCCGGACCUUUCUCUCUGGGAGCAAGAACACUCUCUGACUCGUACUUCACAUUAUCAAAACAGUCGCCAAUGUUCUCCCAAGCAGAGAAAUACUCUCUAGCCUCCAAACCGUGCAUCUGUUCCGAAGUGGCGCUGCACUAGAGCUUUUCCCCCUCUUUCGCCCUGGCAGCAUCGGCAUGCGCGGCGUCUUGGACAUUUCCUGUUCUUCUCGUCGCCUCGACACUCUGAAUCCAGAGCGUGACAUCCUCGAUUUUCCGGUCGUUGCUAUUGGGGACGGCACGGAUGGACGCCUUGGCCAGUUUAUCGCACAGUUCCAUGUUGGCACCGGUUGAGAUCUGAGGCGGGGCGAUUCCAAUCUCUUGUGUCGAGCAUGUGUGCGUGGGGGCCUUGGUGUAUUUGAAUUUGAUCUCGAGCUCUUCGUAGGGUUGCUUGUGGAAAUCCGAGUGUAGCCAUGGUUUUUGCGCAUUCACGGCUUGGAUAUCGGCCCUGGCCUGAUUUCGCAGCUCCCAUGAGAGGAGUGUCGCUCUCAAUAUCAAUUUGUAGAUCUUGUCCUCGCUGCUGUACUUGCAAACAUUGGCAUUGAGCAGGCGUGCGUACUGCUUCUUCUGGUCCUCGGUUGCAAAACGCAAGUCGGUCUUGCUUGCAUGCAUCCUCAGGGCGAGUCUGGCAAGGCGCAGCUCGGCGCGAGCAGCUUCGGUGGAGGGUUUGUAGGGCAGUAAGAAGACCAUAAUGAAUGUUGCCGAUAGUCCUGCAGGCUUGGUUAGGGGGUUUGUCUGCAGUGCUGUUGACCAGGCUUUUCUGGAGUUGAGGUUGUUGAAGAAUACCCCG